GGGGGUUCCGAAAGGGCGGAGAGGAAGCGAUGCGAGGGAAACCUGCGUGGAGGGAACUCGGAAGUCUGGGAAAGAAAAGCGCGCUCCUCUUCCCUUUUAGUAGCUCUCCGAGGAUUCCCGGCUACGUUUCGCUUUCGCUUUCGGCUGGGCGCGGCGCGGUGCGGCGCGGCGCAUGCGCGGAACAUCUGCUGCGCUUCUGAUGGCGAGCAUGGACACCCUCCCCGAGGACGCCCUGAUUGCGGUGCUGGUGCUAGUGCCCGCCCGGGACCUUGUGCUUCGCUGCCGGCUGGUCUGCUCCCUCUGGCGCGGGCUGGUAGACUUGCCUUCGCUCUGGAAGCUCAAGUGCCAGCGUGAGGGCUACCGGCCAGAGCCGCUGGACAGUCCCAUUCCGGACUGGCGGGAUUUCUAUUUCCUCUGCAGCCUGAAGAGGAACCUGAUCAAAAACCCCUGUGCUGAAGAAGGCUUUGACGCCUGGGAGAAAGAAUCCGACGAAGGCAACGGCUGGAAAAUUGAGCAGCUUCCAGGAGAUCAUGGGAGAAAUUUCCUUCUUCCGCACAUUCAGAAAUACUUCGUGACGUCCUACGACUCAUGCAUGAAGAGGCAGCUGAUCACCUUACGGGAUCACGGCUACGGGGACCGGUUGAUGGACGAAGCCCGGCCUGAUAUCGUGGUGAGCGACUGGUACGCCGCGCGUUUUGACUGCGGCUGCAAGUACCAGCUCUGCGUGAGACUCCUGUCCAAAGACUACAUCGUUCUCCAGGAGUUUCAGCCCGAACCGGUUGUGAUUGAACAGUGGAGCGAUGCAGAAUGGCGCGAGGUGUCGCACACGUUUCACAACUACCCCGCCGGUGUCCGCCACGUCUUAUUUAGCCACGGAGGCCAAGAUACGCAAUACUGGGAAGGCUGGUACGGUGUCCGAGUGACGAACAGCAGCCUCACCCUGGGCCCCCAAGUGGCAGAUUGACGGAGAAGGGCUGCUUCGGUUUGGAUAGGACUACAACUCCCAUUGUGCCCAGUAAGUGGCUCUGGGGAAGGUCAGUCUAACCCAGAGGUUUGCAACCUUAAACAAUCCAAAGAGCCAUUUGGACCCGUUUCCCAAAGAAAAGAAAACACCGGGAGCCACAAAAACCCUUCCCGUGACUAUUCCUUGAGCAGCCACAAAACUAGCAUAUGUCGUCGAAUUAAACGUUCUGUUUUCCUCUGAAACUUUUCUUUUCUUGGAUUUAAUCCAUGGUUGGCCUACCGGGAAUUGAAAAGCUCAAUAAAUCGCAUGCAGGCGGAUGUCACACAUUGGCGGUUGUGACGCAUAUUUUGAGUGAUAGGGAGCCGCAGCAGAGAGAUGAAAGAGCCACAUGCGGCUCCAGAGCCACAGGUUACUGACUACUGGAAGGGAAGUCACCCCAAAGUGCCCUAUGCAUUCACCUGGCUACUUCUCUUUCGCCGAGAAAAAUAAAUCUCUAGAUAUUUAUGGAUUAACAGAUAUUUCUCCUUUGCUUCUUCCGCAACUUCGCGACGUCUGGAAAAGUUGUAUAAUUGUGGCAUUUCAUAAAAACCGAUUUAAAUCAAA